AUGACGUGUUUACCUCUGCCUCUGCGUCUCCCCUCCUUUUGCGCAACGAUUUGAUAUUACCUCUGGUCUGUUUUUCGGCGCUGCGACCCACGCAACGCUCCGGCUCCAGAAGAGGGGGCUGAUGGGUUUGCUUUUGUGACGAACCCGAGGGUUUUCAAAGACACGAAACCCGGCUCUGCGCUCAUACAGGCUGGGAGGAACGGCGCUUCCUAAACGCGCGCUGUGGAAACAACAGGGUAGAGGAGCUCCCGUCUUCACACGUUAGAAGACCUUCGCCUUCAGCCGGGCGCCUUUUACCGCCUGCACGCAGGGUUUUGGAGACGCAACUUUUUUGGGGCAAUUACGCUCCUGUGAUAUCUGGAAUAAUAACAACAACUGUUGUUUGAGGAGUGUAUUUUCUUCUGAUGUAUUGGAGGACGAUGUAGGCUCUUGGCACGAGAUCAUAGUCCAAGUAUUCUGGAAUUGGGAACGUUUUAUCCCAUUGGAUCGUGGAACAAGUUGGACAUUUACUGAAUUAUUUUUUUGGACUCGCCUCGUACUUGAAUAUCAACAUUCUUUUUUUCAUUUCCUCGACGUUUAUCCAUAUUAAUAAUGAUUUUUGUGGACUUGCCGAAAUCAAGGUGUGGAAUUUGUAAGCACUGAACCUCAGCAACAAGAAGCAUUAUGCGUCAAAGAGACUGAUAACUUACUAAAGGUUCCUGUGAAACCUUGGGCUCUGCGACGCGAUCAUGGGCGACACCCAGCGUCUCUGAAAGCCACAGUUUCAACUCCCCCUCCCCCCUUUCCCCCCACCCCGUCCCCCAACCCAGUCGCCGGGCCUUUCACCCCCUUCCCUUCCCACCCCCAGACCCACGGAGCCCGCUGCCUUACCCCCGCAGCUCCUCAGCCCGCGUCGGCGCCUCACUCAGUCGGAAACGAUGCCAGCCCGCUGCGGUCCCGGAGCUCCCCGCGCGGGGCGGACGUCCCUCUCCAUGCUGGCGCUCUACCUGUCGUCCUCGGCUCUGAUGCUGCUGACGGGCCGCCUGUGCCGAGCCUCGCCCUCCGGCCCCGAGUCGGACAGCUGCGCCACCCUGGUCCAGAGCCGCUUCUUCGGCUUCUUCCUGUCGUCCCAGGUGUUCCCCGCCGUGCCCUGUUCGUGGACCCUGCAGAACCCCGACCCGCGGCGCUACACCGUGUUCCUCAAGGUGACCAAGCCCACGGACGGCUGCGCCCCCUCCCAGCUCCGCACCUUCCAGUUCGAGUCCUUCCUGGAGACCACGCGCACCUACCUGGGCGUGGAGAGCUUCGACGAGGUGGUGAGGCUGUGCGACGCCGACGCGGCCCCCGUGGCGUUCCUGGAGGCGGGGAAACAGUUUCUGCAGAUGAGGAAGGCGCCGUUGAGGGUGGGCGGGCGGGGCGUGGCCGUAAAGGGCGGGGCGCCAUCGGACGCCGGGGAGUUCAAGACGGAGUACCUGGUGGUGGGCAAGCGGAACCCCAGCAUGCCCGCCUGCCAGAUGCUGUGCCAGUGGCUGAAGGACUGCCUGACGUCCAGCACCUCCAGCAGACCAUGCGGCAUCAUGCAGACGCCCUGCCUCUGCUGGGGACCUCCGCUACAGCCGCUACAGCCGCUCCAGCCGGAUAGCUGCGACCACAACGGCGUUUUCCAGGCGGACUGUAUACCCGGGGCCAAGGAGAAGGAUGUAGAGGUUCAAGAAGGAUGGAGCGUGUGGGGACAGUGGGCUGAGUGCAGCAGUGAUUGCGGAGGGGGGGUCCAGACCAGGAGCAGAACGUGUCGCUCUCCCCCAGAAGAGUCCUUCCUGUGUGAGGGCGUGCUGGAGGAGGGCCGGCCCUGCAGGAACACCCAGGCCUGCACGGGGGCACUCGGCAAAGCCCAUCAGCUCUCUCGCAGCCAGUCCCUGCGCUCGGUGGACAACCGCAAGCGUGAUGAAGCAGACAAGGUGCGGGGUGGACAGCAGAGCCCACAGACAGUAGACUCACCCUCCUCGGGGGAGGAGUGGUCGGCAUGGAGCGUGUGCUCGGCCACUUGUGGGGAGGGCUGGCAGAGCCGCACGCGUUUCUGCGUCUCCUCCUCCUACAUCACCCAGUGUAGUGGGCCGUUGCGGGAGCAGAGACCCUGCAACAACUCGGCUGUUUGUCCAGUGCACGGAGUCUGGGACGAGUGGUCACCCUGGAGCCUGUGCUCCUCCACCUGUGGACGGGGCCACCGGGAACGCACACGCUCCUGUAAGCCCCCACAGUUUGGGGGAGACCCCUGUCCAGGACCGGACAAACAGAACAAGUUCUGCAACAUUGCGGUUUGUCCAGUGGACGGCGUGUGGAACGAGUGGUCCAGUUGGAGCUCCUGCUCCACGACCUGCUCCAACGGGACCACCCAGCGCACGCGGGAGUGCAACGGGCCCUCCUACGGGGGGUCCGAGUGCCACGGAGGCUGGCUGGAGACAGUGGACUGCGUGCUAGGAGAUUGUCCAGUGGAUGGAAAAUGGCAGCCGUGGACCUUGUGGACCGGCUGUUCUAAGACAUGCGGGGGCGGUAGCCAGCAGAGACAGAGGGUCUGCUCAGGGCCCAUCUUCGGGGGUCAGCCCUGCCCUGGGGAGCAGGAGGAGGUCCGGCAGUGCAACGAGAAGAGGUGCCCUGAACCUCACGAGAUAUGCGGGGAGGACAACUUCUCCAACGUGGUGUGGAAGAUGACCACCGCCGGCGAGACCGCCGCGGUUCGCUGCCCACCCAACGCGAUGGGACUCAUCUUGCGCCGUUGCUCGCUCGACGAGGAAGGCAUCGCCUACUGGGAGAAUCCGACUUUUAUGAAGUGCAUAUCGAAUGAUUACCGUAGCAUUCAAACUCUGACUCGGGAACACUUAUCAAAGGCACAGCGGGGCCUCGUGGGAGAUGGAGUUUCAGAGGUGAUGACUAAGCUGAGGGUGACAUCCAGUGACGGGACCAGCUACAGUGGCGACCUGCUGGCCAUAGUAGACGUCUUGAAGAACAUGACCGAGAUCUUCCGAAGGGCCUACUACAGCCCCAGCACCGCUGACAUGCGGAACUUUGUCCAGUCCGUUAGUAACCUGCUGAUGGAGGAGAACCGGGAGAGAUGGGAAGAGGCACAGCUGCUUGGUCCCAACAUCAAGGAGCUCUUUCGUCUGAUCGAGGACUUUGUGGACGUCAUCGGCCUGAGGAUGAAAGACUUCCAGGACAUGUACGAGGUCACCGAAAACCUAGUGCUUAGCAUCCACAAGCGCCCGGUGAUGGGCAAUGCGGACAUCAGCUUCCCCAUGAAGGGCUGGAGGGGCAUGGUGGACUGGGCACGCAGCUCAGAGGACAGAGUCACCAUCUCCAAGAACAUUCUUUCCAACGGAAAGCCAGACAGUAUUCGGGGUGACUCUUCAACCUUCGUGAGCGGCAUCGUUCUGUACAGAAAUCUGGGGAGCAUUCUGUCGCUGCAGAGAAACAACACCGUGGUUAACUCCAAAAUCGUGUCUGUGACCAUCAAGCCAACACCGGCAUCGCUCUCACUUCCUGUGGAAGUGGAAUUCUCUCACCUUUACAACGGAACCACCAACCAGACCUGCAUAUCGUGGGAUGAGAGUGACAGCUCCUCGCUGCUCGGAUCGUGGUCUGCCAAGGGCUGCAGAGCCGUGCUCGUCGACUCAUUCAGAACCAAAUGCGUGUGUGACAGACUGUCCACCUUCGCCAUUUUAGCACGGCUAAAUCCUGACAUGAACAUGGAUAAAACACAGCUCCCGUCCGUCACGCUGAUCGUCGGCUGUGGCGUGUCCUCCCUCACUCUGCUGCUGCUCAUCAUCAUCUACGUGUCUGUCUGGAGGUAUAUUCGCUCUGAACGGUCGGUGAUCCUCAUCAACUUCUGUUUGUCAAUCAUCUCCUCCAACGCCCUGAUUCUCAUUGGUCAGACCCAGACACGCAACAAGGUGUUGUGCACCCUUGUGGCUGCGUUCCUCCACUUCUUCUUCCUGUCCUCCUUCUGCUGGGUGCUGACGGAGGCAUGGCAGUCCUACAUGGCGGUCACGGGCCGCUUGAGGAACCGCAUCAUACGCAAGCGCUUCCUGUGUCUCGGCUGGGGUCUCCCUGCCCUGGUGGUCGCCAUCUCCGUCGGCUUCACCAAGGCCAAGGGAUACGGAACGCCCAACUAUUGCUGGCUCUCCCUGGAAGGCGGCCUGCUCUAUGCCUUUGUGGGACCUGCGGCCGCUGUAGUCUUGGUUAACAUGGUGAUCGGGAUUCUGGUUUUUAACAAACUGGUGUCCAAAGACGGCAUAACUGAUAUGAAACUGAAGGAGAGGGCGGGGGCUCUCCCAUCAGGAACACAUCAGCCUCAGAGGCCCUCCCCCAUGUCAUCUGUGAUUGGUCAGAUGACAGUGCCCCUGUACAAUAUGACGCUCAAAUGUGCCAAGUGCGGAGUUAUCUCAUCGGCUGACGUGUCCACCACAGCUACCAGUAACGCCAUGGCGUCUCUGUGGAGCUCCUGUGUGGUGCUGCCGCUGCUCGCCCUGACCUGGAUGUCCGCCGUGCUGGCCAUCACGGACCGUCGCUCGGCCCUGUUCCAGAUCCUCUUCGCCGUCUUCGACUCCCUGGAGGGCUUUGUCAUCGUCAUGGUGCACUGCAUCCUGCGCAGGGAGGUCCAAGAGGCAGUCAAGUGUCGUGUGGUGGACCGCCAGGAGGACGGCAACGCAGACUCAGGAGGAUCUUUCCAGAACGGACACGCCCAGCUCAUGACUGACUUCGAGAAAGACGUGGAUAUUGCGUGUCGCUCAGGCCCCAUGAAGCGCUCCUCCCUGCAGGGCGAGGACAAGGCCUCAGCGGGCACGCUCACGCUGCAGAAGGGCUCCAACUUCAACACCAUGCCAGCCAGCAUGGCCAAGGUGCACCUGCAGAACGUGGCCGACUACAGCAGCCACACGCUGACCCUGCGCCGGGACAAGGCCGCCGCCGCCAACGCCAACGCCAAGGGCAUCAGCACCGAGCUGCCGGGGGCCAAGUCCAUCUACAUCUGCGACGGGGAGCUCUUCAAGCAGCUGGACGGAGAGCCGCCACGGGGGGCCGGAGAGGGCGGCGGCGGGGGCGGGUCAGACGGCGGUGGAGGCGGAGGGGGCGGCCCGGGCCCGGGGAACAGCCAAGGGUACGUCAUCCUGCCCACCAACAACUCGGGCACGCUGAAGCCCUCCAAGGGCAAGGAUGACCCGGCGGCAAAGUACAACCUGAGCAUCGAGCAGCUGCCUCAGAGCCGGCUCGUCCACCUGGCCAACUCGGCCGGGACGGACGGGGUGCCGGGCUUCGGGCUGAAGAGUCUGCCGGCCGACCAGGUGAGCGUCUCGUGCACGGAGAGAGACUCGCCCAUGCACAACCUGCACAACAUGGGCCACAACAUGGGCGAUGGCGGCGGCGACGGUGGGAACGGGAUGUCCAAGGGCGAGAACAUCGCCACGCUGUCCAUGAGCUCGCUAGAGAGACGAAAAUCACGCUAUGCUGAGCUCGACUUUGAGAAGAUAAUGCACACCAGGAAACGGCACCAGGACAUGUUCCAGGACCUGAACAGGAAGAUCCACACUGCAGACAAGGACAGAGAGUCGCCUCCCGUCGACAGCAAAGCCGCCAAAAGAUGGAGCAUAUCGUCUGCCGGCAGUGACAAGACCAACCUGAGUGACAAGCAGCAGACCCCCAGCAAGAGGCCCUGGGACGGCAUCCGUAAGCCCCACUCCCCCCCGUCCUGGGUGAGGAAGGACCUGGACACGGUGGCCGCCUCGCCCCUGGAGCUACAGACGGUGGAGUGGGAGAAGGCCAGCGCCACCAUCCCCCUGGUGGGCCAGGAGCUGAUGGACCUGCAGACUGAGGUGUGAGGACCCCCCCGGGGGCGGACAGACGGACGGACACCAACCGGACCCAGACGGACUGCUGAGAAAACACCCUGGUCUUCUGUCCUAAUCAGCCAACCCCCCCCCCCCCACCCUCCCUCCCUCCCAAACACCACAACAACAACCACCUCCUCCCCCUUCAGACAUCAUCUCCCUCCCCACCACCCCACCCCAUCCCCUCUUCAACAGAGUGCCGCACCCCCCCUGCCCUCACCCCUCUCAACCCCGCCUCCCCCACUGGACUGGACCAACGUGGCAGUGUGGGGGGAGGGAGAGGAAGGGGGGGGGGGGGGGGGGUACAGACGCACACUGCUCAAGUGCACUGCCCAACUCGGUUUCCUAUGUUGUUGCUGUUUUUCUGUUGUUGUUUUUCAAGAGGCUAAUGGAUGGAAUUGGUUAAGGAGGAGGAGAGGUGUGAGGUUUGGGGCGGGGGGGGGGGGGGGGGGGGGGGGGGGGGGGAGCAGGGAGUCACGGACAUGAGACAUCCUGCAGCACUUUGAGAAACAACAGGUGACUUUUAUAUCGUUUCAUUUGUCCUUGGAACAAUUUUUAUUUUUUGUCUUCAACUAUGUAAUGAAACAACUGAACUUGUUAUCUUUCUAAAAAAAAAAAGUGUUUAGGAUAUAUAUAUAUACACAUAUAUAUAUAUAUGGCCUUGAAUAUUGAGUCUUACACAGGGAAAAGGGAAAGAUGCUGCGCAGUCUGCAUCAACAGCAUCAACUAAAAGCAAUCAUGCAGUCUUCUUCGCUGCCACUGGGGGUGAUAGUGUUACCGUGAUGGACAGGAGUCAGUCCCUGGGUCUUCAUUCAGUGUUACCGUGAUGGACAGGAGUCAGUCCCUGGGUCUUCAUUCAGUGUUACCGUGAUGGACAGGAGUCAGUCCCUGGGUCCUCAUUCAGUGUUACCGUGAUGGACAGGAGUCAGUGCCGGGGUACUCAUUCAGUGAUGGACAGGUGUCUGUCCCUGGGUCUUCAUUCAGUGAUGGACAGGUGUCUGUCCCUGGGUCUUCAUUCAGUGAUGGACAGGAGUCUGUCCCUGGGUCUUCAUUCAGUGAUGGACAGGUUUCUGUCCCUGGGUCUUCAUUCAGUGAUGGACAGGAGUAUGUCCCUGGGUCUUCAUUCAGUGAUGGAGAGGAGUCUAUCCCUGCCUGGGUCUUCAUUCAGUGAUGGACAGGAGUCUGUCCCUGCCUGGGUCUUCAUUCAGUGAUGGACAGGAGUCAGUCCCUGGGUCUUCAUUCAGUGAUGGACAGGAGUCAGUCCCUGGGUCUUCAUUCAGUGAUGGACAGGAGUCUGUCCCUGCCUGGGUCUUCAUUCAGUGAUGGACAGGAGUCUGUCCCUGGGUCUUCAUUCAGUGAUGGACAGGAGUCAGUCCCUGCCUGGGUCUUCAUUCAGUGAUGGACAGGAGUCUGUCCCUGCCUGGGUCUUCAUUCAGUGAUGGACAGGAGUCUGUCCCUGCCUGGGUCUUCAUUCAGUGAUGGACAGGAGUCUGUCCCUGGGUCUUCAUUCAGUGAUGGACAGGAGUCUGUCCCUGGGUCUUCAUUCAGUGAUGGACAGGAGUCUGUCCCUGCCUGGCUCUUCAUUCAGUGAUGGACAGGAGUCUGUCCCUGCCUGGCUCUUCAUUCAGUGUUACAUUGAUGGACAGGAGUCUGUCCCUGGGCCUCAUCAUUUCCUUUUGACUGUUGUUCGUACUGCUCCACUGUAAUCCUUCACUGCCCCCUGCGCUCAAUGAAAACAUUGUGAGGGGGGUACCUCAGCUUCUCACCGGAACCUCGGGGUGUGGAACUCACCCCGAACGGGACCUAGCGCGCAGCUCCAAAGUACAGAGUCUCUCGUCCUUCUCCUCCCCUACCCAUCCCUCCCCCACGCCUGGGGCGGGGCACACUGGGCCCCUUGUGGCCAAUCAGUGUCAUCACUGGCAGCUUGCACAGCUUGCCCCCCCCGUCUCUGUCCCCUCCACAUACCUCUCAUUGGCCGAUGACCUCGACGAUGUCACCGCCAGACCACGUUGGCUUUUUUGAAUCUUCGGCGAGUUGCAGAAGGGGUCGAAGGUCAGCGGCUGCGUACUGUCACAGUCAUCGAUUGCUUGAUGUACAAGCAGGCUUGGUACAUUUUAUUGCAUACACAGUAGAUCUUUGCAGGUGCAAGAUGAGACAAAAAAAAAGAAAAAGAGUUACUCAUGUCUUGGUGUCUGAGUGUGUGUGUGUAUGGUGUAUGUAAAGAAUUCUAUGAGGAAGUUAAAAUGAGGGUUAUAUAUAUUGCUGUGUAUGUAUCCAGAGAUAUGCAUAUGGAUAUAUAUAUAUAUACACACGGUAUGGAUCCUGUAGUAACCAAUGGGGCGUUGAUGGAUGCACACUGAGAAAGCACAAGACUCACUUGGAGUCCUGAUGUACAGCAAAAUGUAAUUAUUUCAGAGUUCUACAAGAAUGGAUUUUAGCCUAUAAAUAUAUUUCUUACUGUGCUUGGGGAUAGUUGUUCUCAUCGUUAUUAUUCUCUGAAAUAUGAACCCAGUUAUUGAGAUAACGCUCACCCCCCCUCAGCCCUUCCUGUCCCCCUCACCCCUCCACAAUGCAGGACUAUAAAGUUGAUCUGCAUCACAACGUAACUGUGUGUACGUGACGGAGCGUGAGUGUGUGUAUGUCGAUGUGUGUUGUCGCGCGUGCGCGCGCGCGCGCGUGUGUGUGUGUGUGUGUGUUUUGAUAUCACCAACUGUCUCUCUCUGUCUCUCUCUCUCCCUCUCUCUCUCAGAUCUUAGUCCUGGAAUUCAAUACAACCUCCCAUCCCUGUUUUUAUUUCAAUCGGGGCUGCCUCUUUGUUAAUGUACAGUUUUCAGAGCACAAGAUGAAUGUGUCAUAUUUCUAAUAAAAGUAUAUCUACAUUAUAAA